UUUUUUUCUUUGCACAGCUGAGGUUGGACUCUGUUGGCAAGAGCGAAUUUAAAUCCGUGCUCAGUGUCUACUGAGUGGCUGUGUUGUUGCCGUCUUUGUUCCAUUGUUUCCCGAUAGAUUGAGAUAUUUUGUCCAAAUGCAGACUGUUACAACUCCUCAGAAUUCAAAGAUGAGAGAGAUACCCUGGUCAGAGCUUACGGACUCCUGCGGGUUGAUCAUGCACAGGAAGAGGCGGGGCAAUGCGCGGUCUUGCAGAAGCCUUCAGGAACACAAUGACCUGGAAGCAGCAGAGGCCCUGGUGUGCAUGAGCGGCUGGGGUCAGAGGUCACAACGCCCCCUCACCCCCACCUCCGACUCAUGCGACUCCCUCAUUCAGGCCGACCCUGCCGAACCCCCCAAGGACUUUGUCUCCUUCUCCUCCCUGUGCAUGACUCCUCCUCACAGCCCCAGCUCCGCAGAGACCUCCCCCCUGGCCACCUCUGCCCCCCAGGGCAAGGCGUCUCCCGGUCUGUCUCAUAGCUGCAAAAGACUCUGCCCCGCCCCGUCUGCCACGCUCCCUGUCCAGAGACCGCCCGACACCCCGCCCUGCAGAGCCAUGGCGACCAGCGUCAUCCGCCACACGGCCGACAGCUCCCCCUGCCACCACAUUCCGACGGCCGCCGCCCAGCCCUGCGCCCGCCUCGCGGCCCCUCCCCCCCCAAAAGCACGGGACGCUGACACGCCCGCCCCCCUGCCCCCUCCUCCCAUGUCCAGCCAUCCGAUCAUCUGCCAGGUGGUGCCCGUGGCGGGCCAGCCGGGCAUGAUCUCGGCGUUCAUGCAGACGCCGGUCCGGACUUCGGCGCACGGCAUGAAGCCGCUCCUGCCGCAGCCCUUCCUGGUGGGCUCCCCGGUGAUGCUGGUGGUGCCCCCCUCGUCCGUGUCCCCGGCCUCUCAUUGCGCGCAGACUGUGGUGACUCUGGGCAGCUCCAAGCUGCUGCCCCUGGCCCCCGCCCCCGUCUACCUGCCCUCGGGACAGAGCGCCUCCGCGCACCUGGACUUCUCCCGCCGCCGCAACUACGUCUGCAACUUCCCCGCCUGCCGGAAGACCUACUUCAAGAGCUCUCAUCUCAAAGCGCACCUCAGAACUCACACAGGUGAGAAGCCCUUCAGCUGCAGCUGGGAAGGCUGCGAUAAGAAGUUUGCGCGCUCGGACGAGCUGUCGCGGCACCGGCGCACCCACACGGGUGAGAAGAAGUUCGUGUGCCCUGUGUGCGACCGCCGCUUCAUGCGCAGCGACCACCUGACCAAGCACGCCCGCCGACACAUGUCCACGAAGAAGGUCCCCACCUGGCAGACCGAGGUCCGCAACCUCAACAAGAUGGCCGCCGCCAAGACGCCGGCGCCCGUCAGCAUUCUAGUACCUGCCUCAAAUUAGCCACACUACCCCCCCCCCCCCCCCCCCCCCCCCCCAUUCCCUCUCUCCUAUGGGACUCCUCUCACUCAAAACCACCCUGGGAGAAAGGCUAUAACACACUCAUGGGAUAAAAAAACCACACAUGCACUGGACUUGAAUCUUUCUUUUAUGCUCAUUUGUACUUUUUGAAAAGGACUUUUUUUUGUUUACUAUCAUGUUUUACAAAGUUGUAAUGUAUGCACUCUUUGCCAAAGCCUUUGAAGUUUGUCGGUUACGGUCUGUCUUUCUGUAUGUUUAUAUAUUUGUACAUAUCAAUAUCUGUUUGAAUGUAUUGUGUAUCCUAAACAGCAUUUAUUUACAGAAUAAUGAAAAUGUUAUUGAUAUAUGGAAAAUACUUAAGUGAACAGUAAUCCACACUGUGAUAAUAAUGUAACAUUUCACUUUGGGUAUUAUUUAAUAAACAUUUGUAAUAAAAACA